CGCCAUCCGAACAUGAUGAGUGGGUUCAAUGUUACCUCGAAGAGUAUUCCUCGCGGCCCUAUUCACUCUGGUCGUUUUACCAUCAAUCGUUCUAGGCUACAAACAUGCAACACAGCCGCGAACUGACAACCUAACUGCUUUAGAAGUACAGUAUGCCCAUAUAUACUGGAAAUACAAGGUUUCCAGCCGCGUUGUACGCCCGAAGGGCAUUCCUAAAAAGCCGCAACCCGGUCGCCCCGACCUUGGAUACGCCUUCCUAACACCGCUUCCAGAAAGACUAGCGGGAAUCACAUACACCGGCCAUGCGGCCCGUCUCCGUCUGGUUCUGGAGCGAGCACGCAACGGCGAGGCCCUGCGUGUCGCCGCCCUGGGCGGAAGCAUCACCUUUGGCCAGAGUGCGGGCGGCGCCCAUAUGUCGUACGCGGCCAUGUUCGUAGAUUGGCUCAACGCAGCUCUGCCGCCCAGCCGCCCCUCAGAUCACCACCACAUGUCGCAACCUCUAGAGGCGCAUGCAGACGGCGACGCGGACGACCGCGACAACAGCACUGCUGUGUCUUCUGACACUUCUGACAGCAGCACCCAGCAGCUUGUGAGGAGGCGGCGACGCAUGCAUGAGAGCGCCUCCACCUCAACAGCACCACCCGUACCCGCAGCAGCCACGGGCCCCCACAGCCCCAGUCCCUCCACCUCCACCCCUGCCGCUGCCGUACCGCAUCAUCAUGAUCCGGUACGGCACUUGUACUUCAACGGUGCCGUACCUGGCACCCAGUCCGGCUACAUGAGCAGCUGCAUGCACCACCACCUGCCGCCGGAGGUGGAUGUGGUGCUGGUGGAGUAUGCGGUGAACGACUCGCCCGCACCGAGUGCCAUGUUCUGGGACCCCUCACGUCGCGCCUUCGAGCGGCUGCUGCGCAAGCUGCAACGCCUGCCCUCACAGCCCGCCGUGCUGCUGGUCAACAUGUUUGCGUACACGGCGGCGCACGGCAAGUAUUGGCACAGUGCGGAGCGGGAUUUCAACGAGCUAGCAACCUACUACGGCUUGCCCUCGGUCAGCCUCCGAGCAGCCGUGCUGCCCUCAGCGCUCUCAUCCUCCUCCUCCUCCUCCGACACUUCUGCAACUCCUGCCGGCGGCAGUAGCGCCAGUGAUGGCAGUGUCACCGACGCCGCGGGCGGGCCCUCCAGCAACAGCAGCGGCAGCAGCAGCACCAGCAGUUCCAGCACAACCAGCAACAGCAGCAGCGGUGGCGGCGGUGGCGGAGGGGUACUGCUGGGUGCGGUGUUCAACGGAGGCAAGCACCACCCGGGUCGGGGAGGUCACGUGGUGGCGACGGAGCUGCUCAUUUCACUGGCGCUGGAGCUUCUCCACUCCAACAGCCGCAUCACAGCCGACGGGGCAGCCGACGGCAGCCUGGGUCUCAGCCUGGCCCCUUCCGGCGACUCGUCCUCCCAGCCCAGUGACAGGACCUUCCCUAACGCCGCCGGCGGCAAAAGCAGCAGCAGCAGCAGGGGCCGAAGACGCAUCAGCAGCAGCUCCGCAACAGGUUCUACCACUGCCAUGCCUGCUCCCGCCGACAGCGAUACCGCUGCUAGCAUUUACCUCGACAGCUCCGUAGCCGCCCUAGGCGCGGGCAAGAGCAAGAGCAGGAGCAAGAGGAGGAGCACGAGGGAAAAGGCCAAGGCGGCCACUGUUCCCGGUCUGACUCCGGAAGCUGCUGCCGGGCUGCGUGCUGUUGCCACCCGGCCGCUGCCUCCGCCGCUGUCAGAAGGCAAUUAUGAGGCUGCAAGCAGCACAUGCUACUUGGAACACCAGUUGAGGGAGCUUGUGGAGCAGCCGGUAACGGGAUGGGAGUGGACGGAUGAGGGGCGUGGCAAAUGGGGCUGGGUGGCGAUGGAGGCGAACCAGCAGCUGAGAAUAAAGGUUAGCACUCAAUUGGCGGGCAGCAGGACGCCUCGGGCUGAAGCCGCGUCCAUUAUUGUGCAGAUUGCCUACCUUCAGAGCUAUGUUGGCAUGGGUGGUGCGCGGCUGAGCUGUGAAGCCGGAUGCGCCUGUGAAGCCCUGGUUGUGGAUGGCCACAGCAGUCGCCAGGUGUCAGUUACCAGCAUGGCUGACGUCAAGGUCACUCAGCAUCCCAACUGUAUGCUCCUCUUGAACACCACCGGGCCCACAAAGGCGGCUAGGACUGCCGCCGCCGCUGCUGCGAAAGCAGCAGCAACUGCUGCCAAAGAUGACGGACGCAGCGCUGCUGGCAGUAGUAGCAGCAACAGCGGUCCUGGAGCCAAGUUCAAGUUGCUGGGUGUGGUGGUUGGCGAGGAGCCGGGGGCAACUAGCGGCACUGUUACCUGGUUACGGAAUGAGAGUCACGAGAUGGCACAUGUGAUUCGGGACAUGGAGUCUUCGGACAGGAGAGAGUCGACACCUUGACGGGCUUGUGAAGGCGAGCUAGAUUGGGUGGCUAGGUGUGGGAUGGGUAUUGUUAGUUACUGCCCUUACUAAUGUUAGGAGAGUGUGAGCUGCAGUGAGGUGAGGGUGCACUCGGUUUUGCCCGUGCUAAUAUGAGAGAGGAUACCGUAGCAGUGAAGGAGCGGGGAACUGGGGAAGCCCCAAAUGAGGCGUGCGUGUAGUGAGGAGAGGCAGUGUGGGAAAUGAUAUGUGCUAUUUGUGCUAUGAACUACCACCUCGGAAGGAGCUUCGAGGGUACCGGUAUGGCUUCUGCGAUAGCUAAUCUUUGCAUUUAACAUACCGUAGAUACUA